AUGGCAACCAGUAGCGACAUCUGGGGCCCGUUUCUUGAACGUAAAGUACCUUUAGGUAAAAAGAUAUUAAAAUGGCUAUCAAAUCACGUCGACGUCGAACGUCGAAUAGGCAUAGUUGUGGAAAGCAGCGGGUACGCCGAGCAAGUAAGCAGUGAUCAAGAAGGCGCCGCGCCGAGCGGCUGGCGGACAAUGUACGCGCGAACGCAACGACUGAGGUUACAAGCGAUAUCGUUAGCAAUCCUGCUAGCGAUCAUCGACCAGACACAGGCCUUCACACUCCGCUACAAGUACGUGAGGCCCCACGACCUGACUGCAGAGGAAAGCAGAGUUACACAAGUCGGACACGAGGUGAAACGAGACAUCGUGGAAAAUGAGGAGUUUCAGGUUGCUCCCAUAGGCGUCGCGUUGUCACUGAUUAUGACUACAGAAAGCGAAGCGGAGACCACAUUCCAAAACGAAAUAGUGACAAGCAAUAACUUGAAAGAGACAAACCAGAUUGAACCCACUAAUGAACAAGUUCAAAGUAAAGUUAAAGUUGAAGACAAGACCACAUUCCAAAACGAAAUAGUGACAAGCAAUAACUUGAAAGAGACAAACCAGAUUGAACCCACUAAUGAACAAGUUGAAAGUAAAGUUAAAGUUGAAGACAGUACAAGUGCAGCAACUGAUAACGAAGUAAAAAGUGCACAGAACCUCAUCCCGAUGAUGAACUCGGAGCUUGAGCGUGAAAAUAGUACUCCUUUAACCCAAGUAGAGACAACUACGGUUACAACUGAAGGUAUUACUACUGAAGCCUCAACUAACAAAGAAAGUAACGAAUCUAAAACCACUGACGACAUUAUUUCGAUAGUUAAUACUACAACGCCCGAUGUUACUGUAUCAGAACCACCGAAUACAGCGGUUACUACCACUGAAUCAAAUAUUAUUGAAACGACACAUACAUGGAAAAAGUAUACUACAAUUGAAAGAAAACAUGUCACUGUUAACGAAAACGUCGUACCAUUACGAUUAGAGCGCAUAGGUGACUCGAUUAACGCACAUACGACUGAAACUAGAGUUAGUCUCGAGAAGGCAUUUAAUUUAGCACCAGAUAUACUAUCCCUGCAAGAGCUAAAAUCUCAUCUUUUGGAUGCAACAAAUUCCGUACCAACUGAAGUUAAUUCUACGGAGAUAGUAUCAAAACGAGCAGGAUAUUUAAAUCACACAACGCCAGAAUUAGACGCUUUAAUUUCAACUACUGUCAAUGCACUGCAAGCAAGUUAUGAAGUCGAAACGGAUGGAGGCGUGUACGAAAUGGACACGCAUGAAGAAAGCGAUUACACACUUAAUAAGACGUCUCACAGUCAAAUGGUAGAAGACGCGCUGAAAGAAGAACUUUUAGUAGAAGCCAAUUUAGAAGACAAGAAUCUUUUCACCACCACUCCGAAAAGCAACAGGUCUUAUGUUGAACAAAACGAAAUCACUCCUUCUCCAGAAAUUACACGCAACGACCAACAAACUGAUAAUUACCUGAUAGUUCGACCUAUAAAUAGUGAUAAAAAGAGUAUUUUAUACACAGUUAGCCCCAACUAUAAGCCUCUUAAGAAGAUAGAAGUCCAGCCUUCGAAACCUUUUGUGCGUGACCCUGACGACAAUAGCUGGAGAAACGAAAGCCUCAGUUCACUAGGAAUAGUUUUCAAAGGAAAAAACUCGACCAAAGCCUUUACAGAAGUUAUAAAGAAUAAAACUGAAAUAGUGAUGAAUAACACCACGGAACCAGAGAAAGUAUUAAUGAAAGUCGACUUGAGGGACAGGCUUGAGAAAAUUGCAGAGAAAAGGAAGAGAAAGAAGAAGAUUGAUAAUAACGGGAAUACGGAGUACGGUGAUUAUGAGGAAAAUAGCUCUGGUGAUACGCAUACGUCGAAAGAAAAACCUGAAAUUAAUUUGGCAACUUUACCGACGCCUCCGGAGUUAGUUAAUCCAGGUAUCAUAUUUGGGACCAAAUUAGAAGAAUCGCCCAACAAAUACCCUUCUAAAAAGCCCAAGUUUACACUUGAUUAUUACGAUGGAAAAGAUGAUGACGCAGACUACGCAACGUACCCUAACAUCGAUAUCUUAAAGUCUACACCGCGACCUAGAGUCCAAUGGCCGGUGACACAAAGGAUCUUAGACAAUACUCAUCAUGUCAGAACGUACUUGCCCGACAGGCAGCCUACCGUACAAUACUUCCCUCCGAGACCUAAAACGCAGAAUGACUAUAAAGUUCCACCUUUUGGGCACACCGCACAACCACAAACUGGGUCGUCUGAAACGUACACUAAAAAUACGGAAAAUAUCCCUGCGACAUAUAUCACAACUGAUAAAAUACAACACGUUGAAUACAGACCAGUGGGCACUAAUGAUGGCUUCAGGAUUCGACAUUAUAAGGACCUUCUAGAAUCCGUAGCCCAAGAUAUGGAUUACGAUAAAAACGGACCGUAUCAGAGACCGAUUACCGAAGAAGGUCCAUUAGUGAAAUCUGACUACUACGGUCUGCGGAAGGAAGGAAUCGAUAAAUACGUGGAUUACCUCAAUCAGAAUCACGAACGAUUCAAGGCCGACUUUCCGGUGGUAUUUAACACUAGCAUAGUACAUGGUACGGAAAGAGGAAAGGUGCUUGCUUCUUCCAGUGCUAUGUUUAAACGAUUAUAUAAUGGAGCUCAAACAAAGGAAGCGUUCGGUUUUAGUAACAAGCCUUUUGAUCCGAACUGCGAUAAUGUUACCGUAGAAUUGUCUCCUGCGUAUGAGUUACAUUACUAUGUUCCAGAUCAGGAAGAAACGGAAGCGGGCCACACUUUGCCAUACGGCUAUACACAUUAAUUGCUUAUAAAUGUUAAUUUAGUCUGGUUUGGUUACUCAGGGAACCUGAAUAUUGUAAAAAGUCUGACGUACUCGUAUUGGUCGCAUACAGAAAUUAAAAGGUAAAUUAUAUAUGACUAAUAAUAAUUUCUGAGACGGUUUAACUACGCAGUAUAAAUAAGGGUCGGUUUGUAUAUUCAGACGUUGAGCGUGCCAGACACGUGCCGUGGCAGACAAAAUAAUAUUCAUUGGCACGCUUAAUGUCUGUAGAUAUAAACCGAUCUUAAAGGGUACCUACCUAAAAAGAGUUAAUUCUUAUUUAUUUAAAUUCCGGGCAAUUAUUUGAUGUCAUUAAGUUGUGUAGCAGAUUUUGCAUUGGAAAUUCUUGAAAAAUUACAAAGAAUGAAAGUGUAGGUAGUUCCGUAUGAGAAAAUAAAUUUAAAAAUAAGACAAAGUAUAGAUAUAGUAAAAUUAUUAUUGUAAUGGAGGACUGACUUGGAGGUAUUUUAAAGAAAGUAAGUUUAAUAAUAUUAAAAGUUGUCAAAACCUGCUUCUUCUUCUUCCAGUGCCAUCUCCUACCGGAGGUCGGCUAUCAUGAGGGCUAUACGAACUUUAGACACAGCUGCGCGGAAUAAUGAGCGUGUGCUCUGUUUGAACCAUGUUCGGAGAUUUUUGAGCCAUGAGUUACGUCUUCGUCCGGAUGAUCUUUUCCCUUGGAUCUUUCCUUGUAUAAUGAGUUGAAGGAGUUCAUACUUCUCGUUUCGCAUGAUAUUGGCAGAUUUGGAGGGUGCAGUGGGUAUUCCUUGGGAGAGGAUACUCUAUAAAAUGUUGCAGUUGACCCAAUGAAAAAUCUGUGAUCUGGCGAGUCAGUGCCGCCAGUAAAUAAGCACUCCCUGUGCUUGGGCAGCUGCAGGCACAGUAGGCCAACGAGUGGAGGUCAAGAGCAUCGGUACAGUCGUCGGUCAACAUUUUGUCGCUCCAUAGUGACAUACAGCGAUGUGGAAGGCAAAGGGAAAACCACCACAUUAUUUUUUCUCAGGACAAUCAUUAUGGCAAAUACAACAAAACCUGCUUACAAAAAGAUAAUUUAAAGGAUAAUUUUUUUAUAUUAUUAAGCUUAGAAGAGUAUAAUGUUAUUAUUUAUUUUGGAUAAGUUAAAAGCUUAAGGUUGUUUGCCAAAGUGAAAGUUUAGUUUUAUGUUUUUACAAGUUUGUAUAUAAAAUGUACACUAAUAUCAUUGAAGUAAUUUGAUUAAAUGUAGGAAGUGGUAGUGAUAAUAAAAACGUAACAAAGUAUGAAAUAAUCAUGAAUUUUAUUUGAAAACCUG